UUUAUUGUUCCUGUAUAACUCGACAUACAAAGCACGUGACCGGAAAACAGGACACAUUGGCUAUUGGAUAACACACCGACAGCACGGAUAAAUAACUUAAUAAGGAAGGGUCGGUCUUCAAUUCUUUGUAGGAAUCUCUGCCUUAAAGCCAGAGUAGAGUUGUCAUGAAACGAGUGUUUGAUUGGCUGACAUGCAUAUUGGCUGUCAGCGUGGCGGAUCCAGGGGAUAGGACAGUCAGCCUGAUGUCCUACAACACGGGCCUGACUUCGCGGAUCCCGUAUUACAAGGAAAGAUCUCAAUAUAUUGCAGAGAAAGUGUCGCAAAGUAAUCCAGACUUCAUAUGCCUUCAAGAGGUUUGGCAUUACCGAGAUCUGUAUAAAAUUGUGAAAGAAAACAGCGCCACCUAUCCAUAUUCAUUUAGUGCAAUACAUAACGACACCACCAGCCUGCUGAAUAGCAAUGGUCUCCACUGGCCUCCUUGUGCCAGAAGUGAUGUCAUCAAAAUGUUCUUUAAAAUGUGGUGGUAUGGUUGUAGGGCCUUAAAAAGCGAGAUAGCUCGUUUGGACUGUGUAACUGAGAAGGCUGGCUUCAUGGAUCUUCCUCAGCAGUGUAUCACGUGCAUAACGAUGAGUUCCUUCACAGCCCAGACCGCCUUCAGUGAUUGUCUUGGCGCUGUUGAGAACCAGAUGAACGUCCCAGGGCUGCUGGUUCUGAGCAAGAUGAAAUUACGUCAGCAUAAAAUGGUUUACUUCCGGCCUAAUGUGAAGCAAAUCUUACCACGAGGAUAUCUUAUGGUCGAGGUUUUAGGACUUGGUACUGUUGCAUGCACACAUACAACUGCUGACUUAGGCAAAAUAUACUAUGAACCGAAUCUGAAGUCCAAAUUUCACAGCUGGAAAGAAGAAAACAUGAAAGACGCCAGGAUUCUAAUGAAAGAUUUGUCCCCCUUUACAUCCUCUGUCAUCAUGGGGGAUCUAAACUCUAGCCCCUCUAUUCCUGGCAAACAGAUUCAAGGGGAUUUUGAGGACACAUUGGAACUAUUCAAGACUGGUAACUAUUCCACGCCGUACAUUGACCUUUAUGGGUUGUGUACGUUUUGUUCUGGGAACAAUCUCGUUCCUUAUAAAACAGACUGGAUUCUGGAUCAUAUCCUAAUCAGAGGCCAGAGAGCUGAACAGGCUCAGAGAGUGAUGGAUGAAGUAAUAACUGACCUGGCUGUCUACCCCUCGGACCAUUACGGGAUACAAGUCAGGGUCAGUCUCGCUGGCCAGAGACCUGGCCUGUAACUCAGCACUUAAUAAAUUAUAUAAAACAUA